CGGUCAUCUUUCUUUCUUUCUUUGAAGAUCUCAAAAUGGCUGGAGGUAAAAAGCUUUCUAAAGAGGACGAGCUUCUUCUUCAGAACUUCAGCCGAUCCGUUUCUACCAAGUCAAAUGUUCUCUUUUACGCAAAUGCCUUAGUUGUAUCCGCCAUUCCACUAUGGCUUUUUUGGAGAAUCCACCAAAUGGAUCCCUACUCCUCGGGCAUUCUCUUUGUGGUAAUGACUCUGGUUAGUACUUGGCUGAUUUCUUUUGCAUACAAGAACGUGAAGUUUCAGCUUAAGCACAAGAUUGCACAGAGAAGAGAUGCUGCAAUUACCAAAGAAGUCAACCAGGAUUUGGAUCCUAACAAGAAAAUGACAAGACAAGAGAAGGAUGAAAGAAUCCUCUGGAAGAAAAACAAGGUUGCUGAUAUGGAAGCUAUGACAUUCUCCAUCUUCUAUAACAAUGCUCUCUACUUGUUCCUGGUUCUCUUUGCUUCUUUCUUUGCAUUGAGGUCAUUCAAUCCUUCAGCCAACUAUCUGAUGUCUACUUCAGUUGCAAGUGGGAUUUUGGCACUCCUGUCUACAGGAACAUCAACUUCAUCCUAAGCAAUAGCCAGUGGUGCAAAUAAAGUCAUCUGCAACAUUAUAUCUUUUCCUUUGACAUCAAUUAUAAUAAAAUUUUAGUGAAAAUAUAUAUUUUUCGAAGUCCUUUGUUUGUUAUUUUCUAAAAACUGCUGGGAUAAAAUAUAUAGUAGUUAUACAGUGGUUUGGAGUAGAGCRCAGGCAUUUAACCCGUGAAAUCAUUGUGUAAUAUUCAAAAAGACACAAAAGAAAACAAUGGACUGAGGGUCUACUAAAGUGUAUUAGUCUAACAUCUAUUUCACAGGUUUAAUGACUUCACUCUAGCAUAAAUGCUAGUUAUGCAAUGCUUACAAGUGGCAUACCAUUUUCCCACAUGUCACUAUAUUUGUUUGUAUCUACAAAAGCCUUUAAGUUGAGCAUACAAAGAAAAAGCAAGUAAUUAGUGGGAUAUUCUGUGGUGUGCCAUAAGAGAGCAUAUUGUAUAACCACCUUAUCUGAUAYUAUAGAAAAUACAAAUGUGUAGAUUCAACAUUCAGCACAUGUUACAGAGGAAAAGGGAAAUACCAACAAAUAUACAAGAGCUUUCCUGCAUUCUGAUGGACUGUAUUUUCUAUAGUGUGGAAUAAAAUGGAUAUCCCAUA